AUGGCAGCCUUCUCGGGCUCAGCCUACUCUGGUGCUUUGCCUCAGCUACUGCCAGCUACUUUCGCAUCGAUCGAUGCGGUGAUGCGGUGCCCGGUGUGCAGCUGGCGGCCCUUCAGUAGCGAAGUGGUGCCACGGCGCUUGAGCCAACGCCGAGGGCAGCUGGACUUCAACGACCUGGCGACGCUGGAGGUGGGGGACGAACUGGAUGAUCCGGCGAGGCCCUUUGUGCUGAGAGACCUCCAAGGCAUCGACGACUAUAAGGCUGCCACCGAAAAGGAGGCCUUGCUGCAGGCUGCCAGGGAGAUUCCUCUGGAGGUGCGAGUGGGCUAUUCCUGGAGUAUUGCCCAGAAUCGGGGUGAAGGUCCGCAGAAGAUGCCGCUCGAAGAAUACCUUCGCAGUGGAAUGUACGAAGGUGCCUACGAUGGUGACACUUUUUUGGAACCGAUCUAUGCCUUUGAUAUGAAUCUUCGACUCCCGGGUCUGGAAAAUGUAGCCGAGCUCCCAGAAGCGAUUUUGACCUGGAACACUUCCGCCUUUUCCCGCGCGGUGACGGUCAGCAUGUUGGGUGGUCCCCGCAGUGCCGUGGGCUGGCAUAGCCAUGGGGCGUCUCUGCAGCUCACGCUGCAUGGCAGGAAACGCUGGUUUCUGUACCCACCCGGGGAGUAUCCUCCUGGCGAUGGGCCGGGCGGCGGAUUUUCGUUGACCGACUGGAUGGAACUGGUCUAUCCCAGCCUGCCGGAGGAACACAGGCCGCUGGAGUGUAUCGUGGAAGCUGGAGAUGUGAUUUAUGUCCCAGAUGGCUGGUACCAUGCAGUUGUGAACCUCGCGGACACCGUGGCGGUGAGUCUCCAAAGCAGGGACCUGGCGCCGGAAGCGCAGCACGCCUUCAAGGGCCUCUCCUUGCAGAUGGUACAAAGUAUGUGGCAGGAUAGCCCAGAGACCAUCGAGGAGAUCUCUGAAGCUGCGCGGGAAUAUUUGAGUCGAGGUUUGAAGAACGACCUCCAUGCACGAAGAGUGCUUUACUAUUGUUUGAUGCAAGUAGAUCAGCAAGAGGCAAUUGAUGUGAUCCUAGAAGGCAUCCGCAAAGACCCGUACCACAUUCCACUGCAGUUUGAGCUUGCCAGUUCUCUGGAUCGUCAGUUGAAGGCUGCGGAUGACGCGACUGCGGAAGAUCUGCGGGAGACCAUCAAAAUGCUGCUGGCGGAGUGGGAACCUCAACUGAAGGCCAACUGCAGGAACCAGAAAGCCUUGUGGAUUCUGAAUAAAUUCCAUCGUGCACUGGGGCAUGAGAAGCUGGCGGACGGCUAUUUCCAGCGCUUGGCCGCUUGGCACCGCGAUGUGGAUCUGAUCAGUAGGACGCAGUGUUUCUCAGCAGCAUCGAUGACAUUAGUCUUUCGCCCAAGGUUGCCCUUCAGUAAGGAUGCACGCGCACCAAAGGUGCCGGAGGAUUUGCUGGAAGAGGUGUCGGACAAGAAAGUGAUGCCCACUUGGGCUGUUUGUGGCAUGUUUCUGUUGGAGCUGGGAGUGUGGGUGGGGCUAUACUGGCGAGACUAUACGGUAGGGACAAACAUUGCGAUUGCGCACUACUAUUCCUUCCAGACAAUCACAGAUCUCUCGGCCCUCCGUGCGCCGGCGCAGCGCCGGUCCUGGUGGAAUCCCUUCAGAGCCAUUGUGGCCCUGUCGUUUAUCUUUCUGGAUGUGAGCCUGUUGAUCAAUGGCGCGGAAGACUUUGGGCUGCUACCAGCAGUGCGUUUGGGACUCUGCGUUCUGCGACUCGCACAUGCCCUGCUCUGCAUCAAGUUCUAUGGACCCAGCCAGUCUCAGAUGAUGGCGUUGCCGAAGUUCCUCCGCUGGCAUCUGCAGCAGGUGUCCGCAGUACCACUUCUGUUAGUGGCCUGGGCAGCUGUGGGCUGGUUUUGCCCGUAUGUCUUCAUUUUGAUGCAUUACAACUACGGAGAAGUCCGGCUCGAUGGCCCCCUUACAGCCUUGCAAGACACCUACGUGGUCACAGUAGUUCUGAAGUCCUUGGUUCUGGACGUCAUGUUUGCGAGCCGCGUGCAGGCCGGAAUCAGCGAACUGACGGCGUGCAUCCUCUUUUCAGGGCAGUAUCCCUUGAUCUUCGAGACCUACUGGCUGCCCCCCUUGAAAAUGGGGCAUUUGCUGGCAGAGGUAAUGUUUGGCGGCAUCGCCCUUUUGUACCUGUUCUUCGACGUGCGCUUGGAUGUGCCGGCCGAGACAUCCCCAAUCAGCACCAAAGUCGUCGAUGGAACGCCGUGA